AAAUUAAUUAAAACAUUAUUAUAGUUAUUAACAGAAGUAUUUUGAUGACAGUAAAUAAUCAACGUGGAACAUUUCCGUAUAAAUUGCAAGAGCUUCCAUCAAAUGCUCACAGUUUGUCAGAGAUCAUCAAGUGCAUUCCAACAUUUUGGCAAGCUUUACUAUCAUUAAUACAUAAAAUUAUGAAGCAUACAUUUGUUUUCGCAUUCCUCAUGGUAGUCGCCAUUGGCACUGUAAAGGCCAAUUUCUCUGAUGAUAUGAAGGCAUUAUUUGAAGCUUGUAGCGCCAAUUUCCCAAAUUUCCAAGGCGAUAUAGUUAAGUUGUUCAAAAUUGAAAUGGGAAUGGAGCCCGCUGAUGAUGCUUCGAAAUGCUACAUAAAAUGCAUUAUGGAAAAGGAGGGAACUUUCGUAAAUGGAACAUUCAAUAUGGAUGAGUUUAUUAAGAUACACAAAGAACAUCCAGUUUUAAAGGAUCAUUUAGAUGAGGUUAUCGAAAGAGCUAAAAAUUGUUCAGCCCUGAAGGGAGUCAAUGAUUGUGAUGCAGCUUACAAAAUUGGCACAUGUUUGUCUCAUCGUCACUGAAGGAAUGUUUUCACAAAGUAUAACUUUAAAUGUUAGAGGUUUUCAUAAACUAGA